AUGCGAGGCGAGCGCCCACUGUUCGCCGGCGUCGCCGUCGGCACCCUCUGGCUGACGCGGCGGUGCUCGGGGCUCAAGCGCCUGCUGUUAUGCGCCGCGGUCCUCGGGCCUUGGCUUUUCGCCCUGCCGGUCGCGCGCGCGCACGAUACCGACUACGACGCGUACCGACCCGCGCGAUCGCACCACCGGCGCGUCGAGGAUCACCACCGCGACGUGAAGAACGCGUGGAACGAGCACGUCGUCGCGCCCUUCGAGGACUUCGCCAACGACGUCGCGGAACUCUUCACGCCAAACGAGGAAACACCCGAGCGCGGGGAGACGAUAAACCCGACCCCGGUCGAGGAACGAUGCCCGUGGAUAACCGAGGGCGUCGUGGGCGCCGCGCGUGCCAACCCUCUGACCAAGGCGCUCAUCGAGCGCACGCGGAUGUCGCACCCGUUCGGCCCGGGCGCGCGCGACGAAGCCUUCAAGGUGGCGUCCGAGGAAAAUAAAGAUGAAAAGUUUGGCUGGGAAAACGCCGUAGUCCUCGCCGCGACGGUCAAGAUCGACCGCGCCGCCGCGGACGCGUGGCUCCCAAAACCAGUGCUGAACAUAUCCGACGUGGACGAGGCCAUCCUCUUCGUCGCCUGGUACCCGGACUCCUUCUGCUGCGGCGCGUAUCACGAGGCGGCGCUGCUGCUCAAGGUGACGGUGGACGGCCGCCGAGCGCUGCACUGCCCGUGGAUGCUCGUGGACAGCGACGUCGCGCUGAUCGCCGGUCGCGAGAUCCUCGGGUUCCCGAAGAAGAUGGGCGAAUUCGAGUUCGAGGUGACGCCGCCGGGAAUCGAACCGACGACCGCGUCCAACGGACCGACAGACACGGCCGGAACCGCGCCGGACGCUUCCGGGGAGGACGUCUCCGGGAAAGACUUUGACCCGGACGUCUCGCUCUCGCCCGGCGCGAGAAUCACCGCGCGCGUCUCCAGGAACGGCGCCGAGAUCCUCGCCAUCUCCGGCGUCGUCUCGGGACGCACCGCGCCGGGUAGCACGAUCAUGCCGAGGUCGCGAAACGUGGUGCUCAACGCGCAAACGUCGCAUCCGCUCCCGGCGCCGACGGCUGACGCGAACGCCGACGCCGCGUGCCUGGGGAACAGGCCUCGCAUCCUGCGGUUCGCGUUCGACGAGGUCCCGACGGCGCCCGGGCCGUGGACCGUCGUCGACGCGAAGGUGGACGUCGGGAGCACGAGGACCGACCCGCUCGGCGUUCCCUUUGGCGUUCCGAUCGACGGCGGCCAAAGGGGCGAAAAAGCAUCGGACGGUGAAAAAGCAUCGGACGAAGCUGUCGGUCCCGCGGAGGUUGUCGACGCCGUCGUCGGAGUCACCUCGUUCUUCACGGGGGAGGAACCGACGCCGAGACUGUUCGAGACGAUACCGCGGGGCUGGCUCGAGGACGACGACGUGUACUGGCUGAGGUACCAGUGA